AUGCAGACGGGGACGAGUGUUCCCCCAGAGCGGUCUCUGUUUUACCCUGAAGAUGGUGAAAAGCACUUGCAGACCCUGCAGACAGUGUGUCCAAACACAGAGAAGGAGGACUUGGAGGGAAUCUGCCAGAUAAGUGCCCACUCGCAGAACGGCAUGGCCAUGGCAGCGCUGGCCGGGGCAGUUGUGCUGCAGCCGGUGCUGUACAACGUGCCGACAGGCAUGGCUCUAAGUGUGCGGGAAGGUGUCUGUGUGGUUUAUGACCUGGGGCUGACGCAGAGUAAUGUUUUGCAAGAAAAAGGGCAAGCAGAGAGUUCAGAAAGCAAGCCAUCAGAGAAACCACCAGACAGACCACUGAUUGAGAUUGACAGAGAUAAUGAUGCAAUUGCAUUUGAAAGUAAGGUCCAGCAACUGACCCCAUCUGAAGUGGGGGGAGGAAAAGAACUUCUUUUCAUUCUUGGGGAAACAAAGACCUGGAGCGACAAAGCCAGUGAUGUUUUGUCAGACUCAAGUGCUGAAGGAGAAAAAGAAGUUUUCAGCUGUGAUUUGUGCACAUUCAUCUCACUCAGAAUAUCAAGUCUUAAACGUCAUGUGAAAACCCAUUCUGAUGAGAAGUCUCAUGUGUGUCACCUCUGCCUUAAGGCUUUUCGUACAGCUACUCUCCUGCAUAACCAUCUGAAUGUACAUACAGGGACCAGACCCUAUAAAUGCAGUGACUGUGCUAUGGCAUUUGUGACCACGGGUGAGCUUUCACGACACAGGCGUUACAAGCAUACCUUAGAAAAACCUUUCAAGUGUGCAUUGUGCAAAUAUUCUAGUGUAGAAGCAAGCAAAAUGAAACGACAUGUUCGCUCACAUACAGGAGAACGUCCUUAUGCCUGUGAACUUUGCAGUUAUGCUAGCAAAGAUGCGUAUAAACUGAAAAGGCACAUGAUAACUCACUCAGGUGAAAAACCCUAUGAAUGUUAUAUUUGCCAAGCCAAAUUCACUCAAAGUGGUACCAUGAAAAUCCAUAUGUUACAGAAGCAUGGAGAAGAUGUGCCAAAACACAAGUGUCCACAUUGUAGUGCCUUUAUUUCACGAAAAAGUGACCUGGGUGUCCACUUGCGAAAUCUGCAUUCCUACAUGGCAGUGGCAAUUAAAUGCAGUUACUGUGAAGCUGUGUUUCAUGAGCGCUAUGCUCUUAUUCAGCACAAGAAGACUCAGAAUGAAAAAAGAUUCAAAUGUGAUCAGUGCAGCUACGCAUGUAAACAGGAACAACACUUAAUUGUACAUAAAUGCACUCAUACUAGGGAGAAGCCCUUUGCUUGCUUGUGCUGCAGCAAAACCUUUCAACAAAAGGAACUUCUUACUCUUCACUCGAGGAAGCACCAUGAUUCUAAUAUUAAGCCUACAGUUUAUGAAUGUCCUAAAUGUGGUAAGGGCUAUUCACUCUGGAAUAAUAUGCAUAAGCAUGCUGAAAAUUGUGGAUUGGUGAGGGCAAAAACUGCUACACUCAGAAAAAGAAGCAAGGGCAAAAAUAAACCCCAUGAGAACCCAAAGCGUGUUAAGCAACAAGCAAUAGCAACUGUACAGCUGUGGGGUGCAUUGGAUCAGCAUGCAGAUCUAAUUGGAAACUAA